AUGUCGCGGCCCUCGAUGGAUGGGUCCAGCAUGGACCGGUCGUCAUUGAGGGGCGACGAAAUGGCGCCGGGAGAGAGCGUCGCAAAGCGUCUCGGGGGCAAGGAGCGCAAGAGCGUCAAGGAGGCCGUGUUCGGCGUCCUCUUCACCCUCUCCAAGGAGAAGUACAACACCAGCUGGAAGUUCGCCCUCGCCGACGUGUUCCUGAACUGGAUCCAGCUGAUGCUCCUCGUGCUAUCAGGGGUCUUCCCGUGGGACCUGGGCGGCUUCGGGAAGGUCGCGAACGACCUCGGCGUGCCUGAGCUGCUCAGGAGCGGCGGGUACGACGUCUUCUGCGCGGUGUUUUACAUCCUCUUCGCCGUCCUGGCCUUCUCCCUCUCCCUGUGCAUCUACGUCGCACAGAACUUCCUGACGGACAGGUUCCCGUACGUGUGGCCGAUCAAGGUCCUGCGCUUCGUCGUCUCGAUCUUCUUCCGCACGUUCUACAUCACGGUGCUCAACGUGUUCGCGGUCGGGCCCGACUGCCGCUCGGUCGACGGCAAGCUCGUGUCCGACCUGUUCCCGGACAAGGAGUGCAUCGGGUUCCCGCACGGCCUCGCGGCGGUGCUCGCGGUGCUCGCGGGCGUCGCGGGCGGCGUCAUCUCGUUCCUCAUGUCCGUCGCGGAGUCGAGCCUGGACCCCAUGUCGGAGGAGCUCAUCGGGUCGCCCGACUCGGUGGCCGACGUCAGGUUCUUCUCCAUCAUCACCGUCAUCACCGUGCUCUCCGUCUUCCUCGACCACAACAUCAAGGCCUUCUCCAUCGUCAUGCUCAUCGCGUCGCUCGCCUUCAUGUACUUGCUGUACCGCAAGGUGCCGUACUACAACAAGUGGAUCAACGCGCUGCAGGCGGGCCUGUACGGCACGCUGCUGUGGACCUCGGUCUGCCUCGUGCUCGUCGUGUUCCUGCCGGAGAACAACACGCCGCUCACGCAGACCAUGUACGGCGGCUUCGUCCCUGCGUUCUUCUUCUUCGCGGGAAUGAUGGUGCUGCGCAUCCGCAUGUUCGAGAAGGUCUCGCGGCUCUACCACGAGCAGGGCGAGGCUGCGAGCCACGCGUUCGUGGACGAGUGGUCCGUGGAGAUGGCGUCGCGGUGCAUGCGCUGGCGCGACCAGUACGGCAACGUGCAGGACGAGUGGGUGGACGCCUCGGACACCAUCAUCCGCGCCGGCAUGGAGCAGUUCCCGAACAACUCGUACCUCACCCUGCUCUACUCGAACUUCCUCGCCAACGCGCGCAAGUCCCCCGGGGCGUCCCUGGCGCAGCUGGCCAACGCCAAGCGGCUGGCGAGCACCAUGCCGAUGGGCGAGCAGUUCCAGCUGUUCGUGCGCGACCGCGAGACGAAGCAGCGCGACAAGGGCGGCGGCGCGGGCGCGACGAUGGACCUCGUGUCGUACGUGGAGUUCCAGAACAACUUCACCAACCUCCUCGCCUGGCACACGGGCGCGCUGCAGUCGGUCCGGAACUUCUGGCGCAACCUCCUGCGCACGGACCUGACGUUCCGGACGCUCUCGCGCUCCUUCGAGAGCCUCGCGAUGUCCGCGGACCGCGCCGAGAAGGCGUACAAGAGCAUGCUCGAGCGGUACCCCAAGAACGUCAAGCUGCUGCGGUCGUACGGCAAGUUCUGCGAGGACCUCAAGAACGACCCGUGGCGCGCCGCGCGGUACUACGGCGAGGCCGACAAGAUCGAGGACAUCCAGGCGGAGGCGCAGCGCGACGCGGUGUUCGGUGCCGGCAUGGACGAGGGCGACGCAGCCAACUCGCGCGUGGACGACACGCAGGACGCGGUCGUGGUGAUCAGCGACACGGGCAUCAUCCAGAUGGCCAACCGCAUCAUGAACAAGAUGUUCGGCUACAAGGUCGGCGAGCUCGAGGGCAUGAACGUCAGCGCGCUGAUGCCGCAGCCCUUCUCCGGGCAGCACAACUCCUUCCUGCGCAACUACAAGCUCACCGGCCGCUCGAAGGUCAUCGGGAAGGUCCGGGAGGUCAUCGGCCUGCACAGCGACGGCAGCGUGAUGCCCCUGCGCCUCGCGGUGUCCAAGGCACCCCAAGCCGACGCGGCCGACUCGUUCAUGGGCGUGCUGCGGCCCGUGGAGGACGACCUGUCGUGCGGCACGGCGUGGAUUAUGGCGAACGGCACGAUCCUGGCCACGAACCGCGGCUUCGCGGACAACUUCGGGUACGGCCCGCGGGAGACGGUGGGCAAGUCGAUCUACGUCUUUUCCGACGCCAACUCAGACUGGGACUCGGAGCUCUCGCGCAUCGCGGACGCCGCGGCGGGCAUCGGCGACGACGACGACGCUGCGCUGAAUGCCGCGCGCUUCGAGUUCACCGCGGGGAUUCAGCACAAGUACGCCGGGCUGGAUGUGCCGGCCAAGGUCGUGGUCACGCUGGCCGGGACGCGCGCGCAGCGCAUCCUCGUGGUGCACCUGUACCCGCAGCAGACGAAGGACGGCAUCCUCGUGUUCAACCAGCUCGGCGAGUGCGUGUAUGCCAACGCCAGCGCGGAGGCCAUCAUCGAGUACAAGCCCGGGACGCUCGUGCGGAACGAGGCGAAGAUCUCGAAGAUCCUCCCCGAGCCGUACGGGCAGAUCCACAUGCGCUGCCUGCGCCGGCUCGGGCAGCUGAGCGCCACCACGGCGCCGUGCUUCAGCGGCCGCCCAACGGUGCUCAAGGGCAAGAACAGCAAGAACGUCCCGGUGACUCUGAAGUGGAAGCCGAUGCGCGACGGAGAGCACAGCGUGCUCGUCGCGGUCGUGUCCAAGCUCCCCGCGCUCCCCACGGGGCUCUGGACCUCGGGCAGCUGGGACGAGCCGAUCAACCGCCCCAUGCGCCUGCGCCUGCUGGUCACCGAGGAGGGCGAGAUCGCGGCGGGCUUCGGCGGCCAGGGGUACCAGUUCAAGGUGCCCGGCGCCGUGCUCGGCGUCAACGAGGCCGACUUGCGCGGCGAGUCCCUGCACAACUACAUCGAUGUCGUGGCGGCGGCGGUCAAGAACGCGCAGCUCUACGGCGACAUCGACCCCAAGUCGGUCGUCGGGCCCUUCCUGCGCAACCUCCUGCGCAAGUCGCAGGAGCUCGGCCUGCUCGCGUGGAGGAUGACGUUCCUGCCGGAGGGUUCCCUCGAGCCCACAGCGCUGGGCGUCCUGGGCAUCAACGUCUGCAUGACGGUGAAGCGCGUGGGCGAGAGCAGCGUCGCCGUGAACCAACUCGAGGACCUGUCGCCAGACCACGCGACCGAGCUGUCGGCCGGCCGCGGUUACUGCAUCGACCUGUGGCGUACGGACCUGCUCGAGGGGGUCAUCCAGGCGGAUAAGGGCUUCGUCAUUCGCGGCGCGAACCUGCACGCGCAGCUGCUCUUCGGGUGGCACUCGAGUGCGAUGUUCGGGAAGCCGGUGGACCACCUCCUGCCGCAGGGCGCGUCGAGCGCGGGGCCCAUCCGCGCCGCAGCGACCGGGCAGCGCGUGGCCAACGCGGAGCUCGCGCACGCGGACGGCGGCAGGCUCACGUGCUCCGUCGACGGAGCGCCCAAAUCGGCCAGCAAGCGCAAGUUCGGCGUCCUCGUCCGCGCCGGGCCGCAGCCUGGCGACACCAUGGACGCCGCGGUGUGUCUGCGCCGCAUCGAGGCGCUCUUCGCGAAGGAGGGCGCCGCGCGCAUGACCGACGCGGGCAACGCCGGCGCGCCGCGCGCUGGCGGCGGCGUGCGCUUCGCGGAAAACCUGGAGGAGAGGUUCUCCAUUGCCGCGAGCAGCAUGGCCGAGGACGCCGGCGAACCCGCCGACGACGACGACGCGGAGCUCGCCGAGGAGGAGGACGACCGCGACAACGCGUUGGUCGAGGUCGACAACGCGAGCGAGGGCGGGGAAUCGUCUGCGGCGUCGUCGGCGGAGGAGGAGGAGGCGGAGGCGGCGCUCGCGGCGGACUUCCGGCGCGCGAAGCGCUUCCAGCGCCUGAACCGCCUCCUGCGCAACUCCCGCGUCAAGUACCUGUCGAUGUUGCUGCGCCGGCGGGCCAAGCAGCUGCUCCUGGGGCUGCUGGUGGUCACCGUUGCGCUCUUCGCGACGACGAUGGCGGUCGCGGAGAGCUACAAGGGGUCGUUCCUGCUCGUCCUCGACGCCGUCAAGAUCGGCGAGCAGAUCGAGUUCAUGGUCACGUACUCCAAGGCGCUGCAGGCCAAUGCUGACGGCGAGGGGUACGUCGGGCAGGACGAUGUCCGCGACCAGUACAGAGGCCGCCUGGCCGACGCGAUCGACGCAUUUAACAGCCGCGCCCGGGCCGCGUACGUCGAGCCCCGCCUGCGCAAAGAGCUCAUUCAGGACGUCAAGGACGUGUUCGAGGUGCCGUCGCUCCCGGUGGUCUUCUACACCGACGAGAACGUGGACCCGCAGGGCGACCCGUACGACCCCAACCUGCCGCUGCUGACGAACACGACGCGCACGCUCGGGUACCUCGGUCUGUACCAGCUCUACCUCUCGUCGGCGGCACAGGUGCUGUACCCUGGGCCGCGAAUCGCGUCGACGUCGGGCGGCUCGGGAGGUGCGGUUCCGAUGUCGAAGAGCAUUUACUUCAAUUUCGUGCAAGAGAACGUCCACAAAGGCAUGGAAAGCGGCUUCUUCGAGUUCGAGGAUGCGCAGAAACAGGACCUCAAUGCACGCAAGCAGAUCGUCCAGACGGUGCUGCUGGUCUCCGCGGUCGUGAUCGGGGUCGCCCUGGUGCCGUUCGUCGCCAUCUCGCUGCUCGUGCUCACCCUCAAGCUCUCCGGGUCGCGUGGGAAGCUCCUGGGCAUCUUCCUGGCCGUUCCGCGGCCCGUGCUGAUCGGGCUCGCGGCGCGCGACCUGGAUCUCGAGGACGUUGAGGAGGGCGAGGACAAGGACGCGUGGCAGCGCAGCACGCUCACGGACGUCGAGAAGCGCCAGAUGGCCCAGCAGCGCAGCAAGCAGAAGAAGAAGCGCCGCGCGUCGGGCCCGAUGGGCGUGGCCCUCAACUUCUUGCGGACGUCUCGCGAGCUCAAGGUCAGCAACUGGCGCAACAUCCUGAAGGUCUGUCUGCCGAUGGUCGGGCUCGGCGCCCUCCACCUCGGGCUGCACCUCGGGGCGCGGGACAUGCUCGACACGAUUGACAGCAACACGUCCGGCAUGAUUUUCGCGGAGGACAUGCUCAAGUCGGCCGCGCGCGUGAUCCACGAGGCCCAGGAGCUCGUUCUGCUGGACCCCACGGAGCCCGGCACCGACCUCCCCGGCGGCCCCCGCUUCGAGGAGCGCAAGGGAAUGAACGCGUCCAUCCUGGCGUUCGAGGCCAGCUUCGACGACAUCGUCUUCGGGAACAGCGCGAGGGGCCUCGACGGCAACAUCGUGGGCAGCGCGGAGUUCCACGACCUGCUCUUCGGGACGGACACGUGCCUGCGCUCAAACGAGACGGCGUGCCUGACCAAGGACCACCCGUACUACGACCAGCUCAACAACGGCCUCGACGUGGCCGUGCGCGAGUUCGUCCAGGCGGCCAAGCUGCUCGACACCUCCCCUCUCUUGGAGACGGACCCCAACGAGCGGCUGGCGAACCCCCUCUUUGCAUUCUUGAUCGAAGCCGAGUACUUCGACAUCCGCGGGGGGCUCGACAAGCUCUCGGUGACCUUCGAGAAGCGCGCCGAGGACCAGGUCCUUCUCGUCGAGGUCCUCGAGGGCCUCCUGGUCGCGAUCACGAUCGUGUGGGUGCUGGCGUACCACCGCCUGCUCGCGCCGUACACGCAGCUGGCGGACGAGGAGCUCAUCUACGCGUCCGAGCUGUUCUCGCAGCUGCCGGAGGAGAUGAACGUGGUCGAGCACAUCGUGACCAUCGCGGAGAUGGAGACAACGGGCGGCGUCGGCGUGCAGGAGCCGUUGCGUGCGCGCAUUGUGCGUCGGGUGAAAUACGCGGCCGUGCGCGCGGCGCUCGGGACCGAGCUCUACGCCGAGGUAGUCGAGGACAUCCGUGCGAAGGAGGUGGAGAUGGCGGAAGCCGAGGCCAACGAGCUGCUCGGGCUGGGUGCGCGCUGGGCGCCCUCGUCCGCUGCGCCCACUGGCAAGUACGGCCGCAAGCCCGCCAAGGUCACCGUCAAGUGA